CAUAGAGUGACACCCUUUAAGGCUUGCCUUUACUCCUGAGCUACACAGGAUGGUCCUCCAUCCAUUUUCAAGUUUUGUACCUUUCCUUCCUUCCCUACCAUAUUCUCUUUUUUUCUUGCAAACAUAGAUAUGAGGUGAUUCUGUGUUUUUUUAAGGAUCUUUGAGGCCAGACCCCAUCUCAAGCAACCAUUUCUUCUCUCUUACUCCCUUUGAAUUUUCUCGUGUUUCUGGGUAACCCUUAUUCUUCUAGAAUUGAUGUCUGGUUUGUACAAUCAGAUUUCCUCACCUGCAACAGCAAGGGCCAAUUCACCAAAUAUAAACAUGAGAAGCAGUUUUCAUAUUGAUAGUCAGUACUUAACGGAGCUGCUGGCAGAACAUCAGAAGCUUGGACCUUUCAUGCAAGUCCUACCCUUGUGUACCAGGCUCUUAAAUCAAGAGGAUAGCUGGAGUACAGGGACUAAACGUGGAUUGGCAAACAGCACCAGUAGUCUCAGGUUCUCUCACAUUGUGAAGAGGAUAUUGCGUUUGGAUAUUCCUAAUGAUAGCUGUCCAAAUUUCAAUUUUGUUGGACUGCUUCUUGGCCCUAGGGGUAAUUCACUAAAGCGAGUGGAGGCUACCACUGGUUGCCGUGUAUAUGUCAGAGGGAAUGGUUCAAUAAAAGACCUAGAUAAGGAAGAGUUGUUAAGGGGAAGGCCGGGCUAUGAGUACCUGAAUGAACCGCUGCACGUUUUGAUUGAGGCUGAGCUACCUGUCAAUGUUGUUGAUAUAAGGCUGAGGCAAGCACAAGAAAUCAUAGAACAGCUAAUUAAACCCGUGGAUGAAUCACAGGACGUCUACAAAAGGCAACAACUAAGAGAACUUGCCAUGCUCAAUUCCAGUUUUAGAGAAGAGAGCCCUCAACUGAGCGGUAGUCUCUCUCCAUUCACCUCUAAUGAAAUAAAACGGGCCAAAACUGACCAAUAGUGUACCUAUAUCCAGUAUUGUUGCAUUUGAUGUUAUUUCCGGUUGAUCAGUAUUUGUAUAACUGUAAUGUGAAUAAAUAUGACACUGCUGGGGCCUUGAAACUGUUUAUUGAUGAU